AUGAGGAGCCCGUCUUUCACGCUUUUCCGUGACAAUGCGACGCCCAACACGUCGCAGGAGAGCAUGAAGAGGAUCAUCGCCGUCGACCAGCGUCCCGCAUCGCCGGAAAACGAAGUCGAGCGCGGUCAUCACGAAAAUGCACUGGAACUCGACGACCGGCGCACCAGCACCGACACCGUGCGCAGGGUCUGGGUGGCCAACACGGGCGACUGGUGGAUGAUCGCCUGUUUCGCUGUCUUGGGUGCGACGAUUUCGUUCGACGCGAUGGUUGUGGUGACGAUUCUUCCGGAUCUGUCAACGGUCCUGCAAGGAAACCCUACCGACGCCCUUUGGCCAGCGACCUGCUACUUCCUCGCCAACGCCGUCGUCCAACGCUUCUUCGUCGCCAUGUCCCAAGUGCUGGGUCGCCGGUUCGUGCUCUUCAUCUCAGUCGCCAUCUUCACCGUAGGCAACCUCCUAUCCUGCAUCGCUCCGCUCUUCCCGGUCCUCCUCGUCGGUCGAGCCAUCCAGGGCAUCGGUGCCGGCGGCAUGGUGGCUAUACCGCUCGCCAUUCUGACGGACAUGACCGCCCUCCAACAGCGAGCCGGAUACAACGGCAUCAUCCUGCUGGUGAGCGCCCUCGGAGCCCUCACGGGCCCCGUCGCCGGCGCGCUGUUCAUCGAGCACGGAAUCCUGUGGCAAUGGAUCUUCUACAUCACCCUCCCCCUCUGCGCCAUCCUCCUGCUGGGAGUUCAAAUGGUCGUCAGGCCCGUGGAGCAGCAAUUGAAGCCGAAACGAGAGCUCCUGGACCUCGACUGGACCGGCGGAACCCUCUUCACGGCCAGCAUGGUCAGCGUCCUGCUGGGAGUCACCUGGUUCGGCGAGGAGGAUUCAUCGCACCGCUUGCAGACGUGGGUUGCGCUGGGAGCGGGGAUGGUCGGCCUGCUGUGUGCGAUGCUGUACGAAAAGGCGGGUGCUUCGAAGCCGUUCCUUUCGUUCCCGAUGGUGAAGAAGUCGUCCAUGGCAUUUACCCUCGUCUGCAUGCACAGUUAUCUGAACUUCUCCCCUACUCUGGCAGCCGUCUUUCUGAUCCCCAUCACGGCCACCGCUCUCUCUGCCACCGCAGCAGCGGGCAUGCUCACCGCGCGAUUCGGUCACCACCGCUGGGCGAUGUGGCUGGGAUGGGCCCUGAACAUCGCGUCUGCAGGAUGCAUGAUGCUGAUGGACGUCCACACCAGCGCGCAGAUCUACGUUCCGAUCUUCGUCGCGGCUGGCCUGGGCCACGGUCUCACCGUGUCAGCCAUGCAUGCAGCCAUCCAACAGCUGGCCGACGCGCCCCAUGUGCAGGACGCCACCAUCAUCGCCAGCUUCCUGAGCACCCUGGGCAUGUGCGCGGGGAUCGUGAUGACCGGAGCGACAUUCCGGAACCGACUCACGCACAACCUUGUGGCGCUGGAUGUCCCUCGCGAGAUGAUCGAUGCAAGGACGGCAGAGGUCUUCCUUUUGGGUCCGACCAACACCACCAUCCCUGCAGUGCAGCAAGUGCAAUACGAAUCCGGAGUGCUGGAUGAUUUUCUGAAAAUAGUAAAAACAAUCAACUCUAGCAUUAUUACUAUUGCUACAGAAGAUUAUAUUUCCAAAUUCGUCGCCGGUAUCGGCGGCCCGUCCCCACAAGCGAUAGAUAACAACUGCCAGAUUGAAGAAAGAAAUGCUAACGCAGUGAUCGUCUUCGCCAGCUUCCAGUGUUGCCUCCACUCGUCGAGGAUCGUCCCAAUUGCUGCUGUCUCUGUCCGCAGAACCCCGCUCUUCCGAUCGCUGACUACCUGUCUGUCGAUGGCGCCGUUUCCGCCUCCUCCGGUCGAUACUAUCGACUGGAACAAUGUCGGUUUCAAGGUCCGUGAAGUCAACGGCCACGUCGAGUCGCACUUCUCCUACUCCUCCGGCGGCACCUGGUCCGAACCCAGAUUCGUCGCGUCGCCGCACAUCCCGCUGCACGGCAUGGCUCCCGGCCUCAACUACGGGCAGCAGGCGUACGAGGGCCUGAAAGCCUUCCGCCACCCGGACGGCCGCAUCGCCAUCUUCCGCCCGGACCGCAACGCCGCGCGCAUGCGCCGCUCCGCCGAGUUCGUGUCCAUCCCGCCUGUCCCCGAGGAGCUGUUCGUGCGCUGCGUCCGCCUCGCUGUCGCCGCUAACGCCGAGUUCGUCCCGCCCCACGAGUCCGGCGCCGCCAUGUACAUCCGUCCGCUCGUCUUCGGGUCCUCCGCCCAGCUGGGCCUUAGCCCGCCUGACGAGUACACCUUCGUCGUCUUCGUCAUGCCCACGGGUGUCUACCACGGCGUGCACGCCGUCGACGCCCUGAUCCUCGAGGACUUUGACCGCGCCGCCCCCGAGGGCACCGGCUCCGCCAAGGUCGGCGGCAACUACGCGCCCGUGCUCCGCCACAGCGAGAAGGCCCGCCGCGAGGGCUUCGGCAUCACGCUGCACCUCGACAGCAAGACGCGCUCCGAGGUGGACGAGUUCUCGACGUCGGCGUUCAUCGGUGUGCGCAAGACCGGUUCUAACAUCACCAUCGUCGUCCCCGACAGCCGCAACGUCAUCGACUCCGUGACCGCCGCGUCUGUGUGUGACAUCGCGUCCAACGUCUUCGGCUACAGCGUCGAGAAGCGCCGCAUCGCCUACGACGAGAUCCGCGAGUUCGCCGAGGUCAUGGCCGCCGGCACCGCUGCCGCGCUGGUGCCCAUCCGCAGCAUCACCAUGCGCUCCAGGAACGACAGGUUCACGUUUGAUUGCGGCGGCGAGGACGGCGCUGGCGGUGAGGUCUUCUCCAAGCUGCUCACGACCCUCAGGGGUAUCCAGAACGGCACGAUCGAGGACAGGUUCGGCUGGCUUGUUGAGGUCGAGCCUCCGCCGGAGGGAUGGGUUGAUGCGGGUGGUCGUGUCGACGCCACGGUGACCAAUGUGCCGUGA